GAGCAGGCUAUUGGCCAUCUCGCAUAUUUGCCAACUUGCGCAUUCGCAUUAAUUUUACCCCUGAAACUUUUCAAUGCCGAGAGGGAAAAAUCACAGCUGACAUGCGAAUGUGACAGCUGCAGAAGAACUUGCUGGACAAAUAGCUCUUACUCCUGAGUCUUGGCUCUCUUCAAAUGGCGGCUGCUGCCCGCCUUGCUUCUGUAGCUGCUGGCACUUGCGACGGGGAACAAGGGCUGAAGCACGCCAGGGCUGCUGGAAGCCAGACACUCGCUUCCCAUCAGAACACCUCUGCAAGACUUGACAGAUAACGACCUUGCCAUUGUUCCAGAAAGAUGACGCCAAGCAGAACAUACCAGUUGUUGUCAUUGCAGCUGCUUGCUCUACAGGUGAAUGCCAAGACCGUCCCAAACAAAGACUGCAAGAAGUAUGUCAUCUUCGCUCCCCAUGCGGUCCCCUUGUUGGAUGGAUACAACCAAACUCAUGACUGCAAGAAGGACUGCAUCCGUCAGCUGUCGGGUGACUUCCCAAACUAUCAUCCAAUGUUUCAGUGCUCAGUCGGCGACUUGGCCGCUAAGGUGUACGUCACUCCUGAGGUGAUCUUCAAAUCGGCACCUACGAAGACGGGAGGUCAUGGUGACUGUAUCUGCCACUUGGAUUUUGCGUUCCUCGAGAUUGAGCCAAAUUGUAGCAACGCUAAGAUACUGGAGAGCAUGAACAAACGUAUGGAUAUGCAUGUGCAGCACAAAUCGAGCAUUGUUCGUUCUCGGGAACCUGUAUCUUGUGCUACGGAAUUCGCCGACCCACCAGAUGUCACGAUCUACAAGGACCACCCAGAGCUUACUGACAACUUUAUCGAGUUCUCCUAGCGACUUGACGAUGGCCAGCACUAUAUUUGCUUUCCAAUUACAUUCUUUGGGUGCUCGGACUUUUUGACAGUGGUGUGCACUUGUCUUGACUUCGAUAGCUGCAGCUUAGAGUAGUCGGUCAAAAUACUAGCAGUACUUUGUCCUCUGUCCCAUGGA